AUGUCUGAAAGGUUAAAAAGUGACUUAUCAAAUGAAGAAGUGAUUGAAGAUUUAACAAAGAAUUUAGAUUUUUCGCUACGAUCAAAUGAUAUUGACGAUAAUAAUAUCAUAAAUCCAGAAUCUAAAAGCGAUAAUCACAAUGCAAAAGGUGACAGAAAUGAAACUAAUAAAGCAGAAUUCACAGACAUUCCAUUGGAUGAGCCUGAAAAUUCUAAAAACUUUCAAAGUGAAGAUGAAGACAGCGAUACAGAUGUUGAUGAACUCUCAUUAAAAGAUGUAGAAAUGGAUCUUACAGAAGACCAAAAGGAAGAGAGGAGAGUUAUCGCUGAAGAGCUGAAGCUUGUCGGCAAUGAUGCUUUCAAAGUUGGAGACUAUGACAGGAGUAUAGAGAAAUAUACUGAAGGUUUACGGAUUUGUCCAUUAAAAUUCCCAGAAACGCGUGGAAUAUUAUACUGUAAUAGGAGUGCGGCCAAAAUUAAAAUGGAAAAUCACAAAAAGGCAAUAAAAGACUGUACCAAAGCGAUUGAGUUAAAAGAAAAUUACUUGAAGGCAUAUUUAAGGCGAGCUAUAUCAUAUGAAGCAACGGACAAAUUUGACGAAAGUCUGGAAGAUUUUAAGAAGGUAUUAGAAUUGGAUCCCUCGAACGCAAAUGCUAAAAGCGCGUUGGAUCGAUUACCGCCCAAGAUAGAGAAGAGGAAUGAGGAAUUGAAAACGGAGGUGAUGGGAAAACUAAAGGACUUGGGUAAUAUGAUAUUGCGACCUUUCGGCUUAUCCACGGAAAACUUUAAGCUUGAGCAGGAUCCCGAAUCUAAAGGAUAUAAAAUUAAUUUUAAGCAAUAA